AUGCAUUUUCUUUCCGCUCUUUUCUUCUUUCCUUUUUGGCCUUCAUAUUUCUAUUUUCUUUAUCUUUUCUUUAUCUGUGCAGACAUUGUCUUCUUCUUCUUCUUCUUCUUCUUCUUCUUCUUCUUCUUCUUCUUCUUCUUUGUGGGCGUUGGCGAUCACGAGUCUAAACUCGAGACAAAUCAUUAUUCCUCUUAUUAUUCCUCUCAUUCUUUCUCUACUCGUCUCUACUUUGUUAUCUUUUUCUUUUUUUCUCUCUGUCUUUCUCUUCCCUCCCUUUUUAGAUCCCUUUUCCCUGAUAUGUCGUCUUUUCAUCCCUUUCUUCUUAAAAAUCUUUUAUUUAAUUUUUCAUUCUUUCUUUCUUCCUUUCUUUUUUUGUUACUUUUUUCUGCUAGUUCAUUUUAUAUGUAUGUAUUUUCUUCUUUCUUUUGUUCCCUUGUAUAUGUUCAUUCUUUCUUUCUUGCUUUUUUUGUUUCUUUCUUUCUGCUAGUUCAUUUUAUAUUUUUGUAUUCCAUUCCCUUGUAUAUUUACAUUCUUUCUUUCUUUCUUUCUUUCUUUCUUUCUUUCUUUCUUUCUUUCUUUCUUUCUGCUAGUUCAUUUGAUAUUUUGGUAUUUCUUUCUUUCUUUUUUCCUUUGUAUAUUUUCAUUCUUUCUUUCUUUCUGACAGAGUAUCUUCCAUAUUUUUUCUCUUCAUCUCUCUUUUUUUUCUGUAAAUUAAUCUUAUAUUUUUCUUUUAUUUACUCUCUUUUCCGUUUCUUCAUUCUGUUUUCUUGCGUUACCGUCUUUCUUUCUUUUAUUUCUUUGUAUAUUUUCCUGCUGUCUUUCAUUCUUUCUUUCCUUCUUUCUUUCUCAUACGAUAUUCUAUACUUUUCUCUCCUUUUUUUUCUCAUCAAACAUUCUGUCGCUUAUGUAGCACCCUUUCUUUCUAUCUCUUUCUCUCCGAAUUCUAGCUGUCCGACUUCCCGUUUCCCAACAAACUCUUGA